AUGGCUCCACGACGCAGCGGGGGCGGAAGCUCUAGUAGCUACAGCAGCUACUCUAGCAAUAACCCGUGGUCUCAGGAGAUCGAGUUCUCCUUGGACAUGCUGAGAUCUAAGACUCUCUUCAUCGCGGGCUUUGCGUUUGAUGUGCUCACCAUUAUCGCGCUGAUCGGCUUCCUUGUUUGGACCUGUCUGAUCCACAAUGGCAGAGGCCAGUUGAAGGGCGUUCUAUGGGCGCUGCUCGCAUACUUGGUAUCGAUGAUCACGAUCUUGGUGUACGAGAUCCUUUUCUUCGCAAAUGCCACUGUCCAGAUGUACUAUGUUAUCGACCUGAUGCUGAACGAGUUCUUUGGCCUGGCCGCUGGCUGUCUCAUCUUCUUUGUUUUCUAUCACCUCAUUCAUAGCAUUUUGAAUCGCCUCACUGAUGCGGGCAAACCGUACGCCGUCGUGGCAAUCGUUCACUGGGUCAUUCUUGGCUUGGUGUCUGUCGUCUCGCUCGCGACCUUCGGCUUGUACGUUGGCUUCCAGGUGCAGAAUGUUCAGAACUACUACUACUCGCCCAUUGCGAAGCAGUACAACAACUUGGAAGCUGCGCGCGCUAUCAUAUGGUGGAUUCUGUCGCUGGAGAUUGUUGCUUGGUUCAUUUUCAUCGUUGUCAAGGCUGGAUCGCACCGAUUCGCUUCGAAGUUCCCCAUCUUCACCCUCCUCGGCGGUAGCAUCGCCUGGAUGGCACUGAACCUGGCAUACGCUGUCAUUUAUAUCCGUUUCUCUCUCGAAAACGUCAUCCAACCAAACUACCUCGCCUGCCUUCAGUCUGUCCUUCAGUUCUUCUUCAUCGUGGGCACCUUUGUCGGAAUUCUCCUUGCCUGCAUGAAGUGGCGCAGCGUGGAUGAUCGCGAGGACAAGAACGUGGCGGCGCAAUACCCCUACCCUCCUGGCCAGUACCAGACCUACCAGGCUUAUCAGCAACAAAACCCGACGCAGAUGCGCGCGCCGUACGCGCCUCAGUACUACCAGCAGCAGCCUCAUGAGACUUAUCCGGAGCCUGUGCCUCACCACACUCACCAGCCUGAGCAGCAACGAGCGGAGAACUAG